GACUUUUGUGUCUCACACAAACCACAAGCUAGAACACUUCUGGAACACAACGGACACUCACUUUGGGCACAUCGGACUAAGAUAUGGGACUCUGUGCCCGGCCUGGAGAGCUGAGUCUACACGCUGCUACCCUUCUUCUCUUUCUGCUUCUGGCCUCCGUCCACGUGGGAGGCAACAACCAUACGCACCAAGGCAGAAAAAGACACUAUUACAUUGCUGCUGUUGAGGUAGACUGGAACUACCAGGGCAAUGACAUGCAUGGGUUUUAUCCCCCGUACAAGAAAGUGGUUUUCCGGGAGUACGAGAAAGACUUCACACGGGCAAAGAUUCAUCCACCCUGGUUAGGUCUACUUGGACCGACUUUGAGAGGCGAGGAGGGCGACACCAUUGUCGUCACUUUCAGAAACAUGGCUACACAACCCUGCAGCCUACACCCACACGGCAUCGCUUACGGGAAGCAGUCUGAGGGAGCACACUACUUCGACAACACGUCUCAAAAAGAAAAGGAGGACGACGUGGUGAGGCCCAACAGAGAGCACGUGUACAACUGGGAGGUGACGCCGGAGGUCUCGCCCAAACCGGACGACCCCGCCUGCCUCACCUACUCGUACGUCUCUCACAAAAACGUGGUGGAAGACUUCAACGCGGGCCUCGUCGGCACUUUGUUGGUCUGCAAGCACGGCAGCUUGGACCAGACUGGAAAGCAGUCUGGCGUAAACCAGGAGCUGGUCUUCCUCUUUGGAAUCUUUGACGAGAGAAAGAGCAUCUAUAAGCCCUCGUCUUUCUACGACAACUCUGAACACCACCUCCACUACACCAUAAAUGGAUACACGAAGGGAGCGCUGCCUGGUUUGAGCGUGUGUGCGUAUUCCUCCGUCAGCCUUCACCUGCUGGGCAUGAGCUCCGAGCCCGAGCUGUUCUCGGUGCACAUCAACGGGCAAGUGCUGCAGCAUAUGGGCCACAAGGUGUCAGCGUUGGGCCUCAUUAGCGGCUCCUCCGCCACUGCCAGCAUGGUGCCGGUGCACAGCGGGCGCUGGAUGUUGUCGUCGCACGUGGUCAAGCACAUAGAAGUGGGCAUGCACGCCUUUGUGGACGUGAAGCAAUGUGAAGCUUUUAAAGCACCCCUGCGGAGGAUGACCCUGCAGCAAAAACAAGACAGCAAGGAGUGGAAAUACUAUAUCGCAGCUGAGGAGGUUUUCUGGGACUAUGCACCUGAAAUGCCGGAGCACAUCGAUGAGAGCUACAAGUCCCAGUACCUGAGACAGUCGUCUACACGCAUUGGUAGGAAGUACAAGAAGGUGGUGUACACGCUGUACAAUGACGAGUCCUUCACGGAACGCAAAGAGAACAAACAGAAGAAAAGUGAGCUUGGGAUAUUGGGCCCGGUGAUCAGAGCGCAAGUCCGAGACGUUAUCAAGAUUGUGUUUAAGAACAUGGCCUCCAGGCCAUACAGCAUCUAUCCACACGGACUGACAAUCAAAAAGUCACAGGAGGGGGUGAACUACCCUGAAGGAGGUACAGUGUGCCUCUUGUCUCCAUUCACAACAGGAAACUCUGGAAACUAUGAGAACAUUUGUGCAUGGUUACCAGGCAACCACUCACACGCUGUCCAACCGGGCAACACACACACAUACGAGUGGCGGGUGGUGGAGGAGGAUGAGCCUCUGAAGGGAGAUCCCAGGUGUCUGACGCGGAUAUACCACAGUGCUGUGGACACGCCGCGAGACAUCGCCUCAGGUCUGAUUGGACCCCUCCUCAUCUGCAAGAGUCAGUCGCUGAAUGUCAGAAACGUGCAGGUAAAAGCAGACAAGGAGCAGCAAGCCAUGUUUGCUGUGUUUGACGAAAACAAAAGUUGGUAUCUGGAUGACAACAUUCGUGGAUUUUGCGAUCCUUCCCGAGUCAACAAGGCAGACCCUGGCUUUUACAAGUCCAAUGUCAUGCAUACAAUAAAUGGUUACGUGUACGAGAGUGGGCCACUCUUGGGCUUCUGCAAUGGUGAUGUUGCAACGUGGCAUGUGACCAGUGUCGGGGCGCAGGACUACAUUCAGACAGCGACAGCCUACGGGCACACAUUUGAACUGAACAAGCGCAAGGAGGACAUCCUCAGCCUCUAUCCCAUGACAGGGGAAACCAUUACGAUGAACAUGGAAAACAUUGGUGUUUGGCUUAUGGUGUCGCUAAAUUCCCACGAGACAACUAAAGGAAUGCGCUUAAAAUUUCAGGAUGUCGAGUGCUUCCGUGACCACCACUACGAGUACGACUACGAUGAGCUAGACAAAAAGUUUGAUUUGUGGAAGCCUCCAAGCUUAGACGAAAUCAAGAAAAAGGAGGCGGAAAAGGAAAAACAGAGGCUUAAAUUGUCAACAAAUGCUGCAGGGGAAACCGAUCACUACACUGAGUUGUUUGCAAAUGAAUUAGGGCUCAGAACGCUGAAGAAUAAACUCAAAGAGUUCGAGGGAAGUGUGGAGAAGCUGGACUUGUCUUUCCUGGACUAUGAUGCCAUUGAUGUGUUAGAUGGAAAAGUCAGGAAUGCAACCUUGAUGGCUAAUAGCACGAAAAACACAGUGGAUGAUAGUCCCAAUUUUGAUAAUGUGACUGCCUCUAAAAGUGACGAGACAAUACUCAACAACGCUAUAGCAUCGUUAAAUUACAUAAACGGAUCCACGGGUUCGUAUAAUCAGACAGUACCUUCCAACCCAGAUACACAGUCGAACCAUUCAUCGUCUAAUACAACUGUUAAUCAUAUUAGGAGACUGGACCUUAAAAACAGGACCAUGUCUGAUGUUGUACUAAGAGACAACGCAGCUACUGUUGAUGAGGAUGGACCUCAGAUGUACUUAUCCAAAGUUUUGAACCAACCAGAUGAUUUAAUCUCAAAAAAUAUCACGGUGAACUCAACCCAAUCCCAUUCAUCAAAUAAUGUAACCCAGGACAUCUUUGAAGAUCAGUCAAAUGGUACGUCUUCUUUUUUCAACGAGACUCAUAUCUCAGGUAAUCCGGCACUCUCCGGUGGCCUUCAGAACAGCUUCGAGAAUUUAGGUGAUUCGGAAAGCAGCGAGGAAGUGUUUAUAUACCUCGAACAAAACCACACAGAGGUGAUUAAAACCACAACUGUAAAGACAAAGAGUCAUAACUGGACCUACGACGGAACUCACGAAAAGGUACAAAUGCCGCUUCCAGACCAUAUGGUGAAGUAUGUGCAGGAACAAACAACCCCACCACCCAAAAAGAGCCGGAGAAUCGUAUUCCGACAGAAGCCUCUCAAAGGCCUGGGCAUAAAAGCAAGAAGGAAGAAAAAAUACAACCCUCUAGUGACAAAUGGUUUACCAUUCUCUCCUCGCGGAUUAAACCCUAUCAUGAGCCCACGAGGGUCACGGCCAAUUUCAAUGGAGGCAGUUUCGGAAGAGGAGGCACUGUUGAACAAGCCUAUCGUCAUCGGUGUGCCGCGUCCGGAUUUCAGCGACUAUGAGCUUUACGUUCCGAGAGACGAGUCUCAUCAUUCAGAUAUGGAUGAUUUUAAAGCAGAUGAAUAUGAGUAUGUGAACUACAAAGACCCUUAUAUAGACAUUCAGCAGAUUGACGACUUCACGCAAUCAGGCCCAAAUGUCAAGAUGUACUUCAUUGCUGCAGAGGAGGUUGAGUGGGACUAUGGUGGUUCUGGACAGAAGAGGCAAGAAAGAUCUCAGCUAAGCAGUCGGCACACAAAGUUCAAGAAGGUGGUAUUCCGAGGGUACCUGGAUGGGCUCUUCAGAAUACCUGAAAUCCGAGGCGAGAAGGAAGAGCAUCUUGGUAUCCUGGGACCUGUCAUCAAAGCGGAGUAUGGACAAAGCAUCAUGGUGGUGUUCAGAAACAAAGCCAAUCGACCGUUCUCUUUACACCCAAAUGGGGUUUCCUAUACCAAGCAGACAGAAGGUCUGUCCUAUGAGGAUGCCUCCACAGCAUCAUAUAAAGGUGACAAUGAGGUUCAACCGAAUAGCACCUUCACGUAUAUCUGGAAAGUCCCUCGAAAAGCUGACCAUACACCAGAUGAGCCUCACUGUCGGACAUGGACGUACUAUUCCGGUGUUAAUCCUGAGAAGGAUAUCCACUCUGGCUUGAUUGGGCCUUUACUAGUAUGUCCAAAGGGAACUUUAAACAACAUGACGGACACGAGUGAGUUCACGCUGCUCUUCAUGACGUUUGACGAGUCACAGAGCUGGUACUAUGAGACGAAUAGUGAGAUCGUGCAGCGGGUAAACCGGAGGAGAUAUCAGGACCCUAAUGUCAAAGAGGACCUAAAGUUUCAUUCCAUCAACGGCAUCACACAUAAUCUCAAAGGUCUGAGGAUGUACACCAAGCAGCUCGUCCGCUGGCACCUCAUCAACAUGGGAUCUCCCAAAGACUUCCAAAGCAUCCACUUCCACGGACAGACGUUCCUCCACCAGCAGGCUACAAGCAACAGACAUGGCGUCUUUCCACUCCUUCCUGGAAGCUUUGCUACCUUAGAGAUGUACCCGUCUAAGCCUGGCCUAUGGCAGCUGGAGACGGAAAUUGGCAUCAACCAGCAAAGGGGGAUGCAGACGCUCUUCUUAGUUCUCGAUAAUGACUGCUACCGCCCUCUGGGCCUGGAAUCAGGCAGUGUGAAAGACGUACAGAUCACCGCCAACAUCACUCGAGGCUACUGGGAGCCACACCUUGCCCGACUGAACAAUAAAGGCAAAUACAAUGCAUGGAGCACGGACCAGAACAAUAGCUUUAUUCAGGUAGACUUUCAGCGGCCGGUUGUGCUCAGCCAGGUGGCCACACAAGGAGCCAAGCAGCUCUUCCACUCACAGUUUGUGACCAAUUACAGCAUCUCCUACAGCAACGACCGCAGGAGGUGGAGCCUCUAUAAGGGCGAGAGCAGAUACCCGAUGAAGGUGUUUGCUGGGAACCAGGAGGCCUACCAGACGACGACAAACACCCUUUUCCCCCCUGUGAUUGCACGGUUCAUUAGGCUCCACCCCCUCCAGUGGUACAACGCGGCCACGGUCCGCAUGGAGUAUUACGGCUGCGAGCUGGACGGCUGCUCUGUGCCUCUGGGGAUGGAGAAUGGACUUAUCCAGGACCAAAGUAUCACGGCCAGCUCCACGUCCUCCAACUGGUACCUGGGACUGUGGUUGCCCUCGUAUGCGCGCCUCAACAAACAGGGCACCGUCAACGCGUGGCAAGCUAAGUACAAAGACAUGAAGCAGUGGCUUCAGGUGGAGCUGCCAGAAGUCAAGAAGAUCACAGGCAUCAUCACACAAGGAGCCAAGUCUCUGGGGAAGGAGAUGUAUGUCACCUUCUACACACUCCAGUACAGUGAUGACGGAAUUCAAUGGAAUGACUAUUCCGAAGACGAGGAGCGACUGGCGAGGAUCUUCCGCGGGAACGACGACAACAACGAGCACGUGAAGAAUUUCAUCUACCCGCCCAUUUUUUCCCGUUUUAUCCGUAUCGUUCCCAGAAACUGGAAGGGCUCCAUCACAAUGCGGGUGGAGCUGUUGGGAUGCGACUUUGAGUGACGAUGACACCCACAGGUCACUUCAUUAGGUACACCUUUGCAAUCAAAUGCAGAUGCAGUGACAACAAUAACUGACACUGGCAGAACAAUGGAGUCCUAGCUGGGAACACAUGGACAGUGUCAAAUUCACACGUGCUUGUACAAACCCCGUUUCCAUAUGAGUUGGGAAAUUGUGUUAGAUGUAAAUAUAAACGGAAUACAAUGAUUUGCAAAUCAUUUUCAACCCAUAUUCAGUUGAAUAUGCUACAAAGACAACAACUGAUCAACUUUUUUUUUUUGCAAAUAAUCAUUAAUUAUAGAAUUUGAUGCCAGCAACACAUGACAAAGAAGUUGGGAAAGGUGGCAAUAAAUACUGAUAAAGUAGAGGAAUGCUCAUCAAACACUUAUCUGGAAAAUCCCACAGGUGUGCAGGCUAAUUGGGAACAGGUGGGUGCCAUGAUUGGGUACAAAAACAGCUUCCCAAAAAAUGCUCAGUCUUUCACAAGAAAGGAUGGAGAGAGGUACACCCCUUUGUCCACAACUGCGUGAGCAAAUCGUCAAACAGUUUAAGAACAACGUUUCUCAAAGUACAAUUGCAAGAAAUUUAGGGAUUUCAACGUCUACGGUCCAUAAUAUCAUUAAAAGGUUCAGAAAAUCUGGAAAAAUCACUCCACGUAAGCGGCAUGGCCGGAAACCAACAUUGAAUGACUGUGACCUUCGAUCCCUCAAACGGCACUGUAUCAAAAACCGACAUCAAUCUCUAAAGGAUAUCACCACAUGGGCUCAGAAACACUUCAGAAAACCACUGUCACUAAAUACAGUUUGUCGUUACAUCUGUAAGUGCAAGUUAAAUCUCUAUUCUGCAAAGUGAAAGCCAUUCAUCAACAACAUCCAGAAACGCCGCCGGCUUCUCUGGGCCCGAGAUCGUCUAAGAUGGACUGAUGCAAAGUGGAAAAGUGUUCUGUGGUCUGACAAGUCCACAUUUCAAAUUGUUUUGGGAAAUAUUCGACAUCGUGUCAUCCGGACCAAAGGAGAAGCGAACCAUCCAGACUGUUAUCGACGCAAAGUUCAAAAGCCAGCAUCUGUGAUGGAAUGGGGGUGCAUUAGUGCCCAAGGCAUGGGUAACUUACACAUCUGUGAAGGCACCAAUAAUGCUGAAAGGUACAGACAAGUUUUGGAACAACAUAUGCUGCCAUCUAAGCACCGUCUUUUUCAUGGACGCCCCUGCUUAUUUCAGCAAGACAAUGCCAAACAACAUUAAGCACGUGUUACAACAGUGUGGCUCCGUAAAAAAAGAGUGGAGCUACUUUCCUGGCCCGCCUGCAGUCCAGACCUGUCUCCCAUCGAAAAUGUGUGGCAUAUUAUGAAGCGUAAAAUACGACAGCAGAGACCCCGGACUGUUGAACGACUGAAGCUCUACAUAAAACAAGAAUGGGAAAGAAUUUCAAUUUCAAAAGCUUCAACAAUUAGUUUCCUCAGUUCCCAAACGUUUAUUGAGUGUUGUUAAAAGAAAAAGGUGAUGUAACACAGUGGUGAACAUGCCCUUUCUUAACUACUUUGGCACGUGUUGCAGCCAUGAAAUUCUAAGUUAAUUAUUAUUUGCAAAAAAAAAAAAGUUUAUGAGUUUAAACAUCAAAUAUCUUGUCUUUGUAGUGCAUUCAAUUGAAUAUAGGUUGAAAAGGAUUUGCAAAUCAUUGUAUUCCGUUUAUAUUUACAUCCAACACAAUUUCCCAACUCAUAUGGAAACAGGGUUUGUAACGUCAGAUUGGAAAAAACAUUUUUAAAAUUUUAACUUAACCUCCCUACCCCCGUGUUGAACACAAUGAUCAUUAUAUACGUCCCACCAGACGCUAGACCAAAGUAAUUGUUUAUAUUGCACAUUAACGAUAAUGUCUCUAAUUGUUACAGAUCUGUUGCACAAGUUUUUGCGGGAUAUCUGUAAAACUUAGAAGACAGUUAUUUCAUUUUAUUGUUGAAUGACUUUCAUGGUACAUGCUGUAUUCAUUAAAAAAAAAACUUUGCAUAUGCUU